AUGCAAUAUACUACCUUGCUCAUCAGUGCGCUCUCGAUUGGUGCGAGCGCUACUACCAUUCCAACCACAUUGGGUCAGACCAUCUUGUCGGCGGCGCCUACCUCGUCCUCAACAUCUACUCCUUCUGUGGCCCAGAGCAUCCCUUUACCAAGUGGCGACAUUCACGACCCAAAGUCUUACUCGAAAUAUGCCAAAAUUGAAAAAGAUGCCCGCUCUGGCGUGAUGGAAUGCUACGCCUCCAUCAAAAUGGACGACCCGCAAUGCGAAGAUAGCAGAUCCGCCCGAAUUGGCAGAUAUGACCCUCAGCUAGAGACUUGUGAACCCGAACAACCGGCCUGGACCACAGCCCAGGAAAGGCCCCAGGUCGGCAUGGUAUGCAACAGUUACGAUCUCACUUACUAUUUCUAUCCCCAUACAUGGAAUGGGUUAGAUUCCGAGAGUGGUCAGCUCGUUUUUGGCAAGCAUGGCGAGGAUGUUAAUCAGGGUCUCUCUAUGCCUGUUGGUCUUAAGCCUGGUUGCUGGGCUGGGUUCCAGGAUGGUGCGUGGUUUGGCAAUUGUGACGCUGAUUUUAUUGUUGAAGAUUGGACGAUGCAGCAGGAGAAGGAGAAUGGAUUCUAUUGA